AUGGAUAAACAAGACCAUUUGAAAAAUAAGUUCUCGAUUGAGAAGAAAGAGCGCGAGCGGAAAAAGAGAGAGACCAAUUUCAGUAUUGCAGAAAAAUCUCUUCUGGUGGACUUAGUUGAGGCUCGUUUUAGCAUUAUCGAAAGCAAGCGAACCGAUGCUAUUAGUGUGAAGCACAAAAACAAAGAAUGGGAAGAAAUUGCUUUGGAUUUCAAUUCUCAAAACAUAAAUGUGAUUAGAACUUGGUCCACUCUUAGAAAUGCAUGGGAGAACCUGAAGAAAUUAAUCAAGAAACUAAUCACACAAGAAAACGUUAACAGAGUUAGAACAGGUGGAGGACCACCAGUAAUUUUUACUAAUAUCCGCCCUGAAGAGUGACCUGUUUAUGAGAAAGUUAGGGCCCUCCUUUAUCCUGUGGCUAUUGGUCUGCACAAUAAAUUUGAUAAUGAUGUACUUAUGUCAAAUGGUGAGUAAUGUUUUGUUCAGUACUAUGAAUAUUAUAGAUAUACAAUGAUCAUUUCCUUUCUCACAGGUGAGUAUGAUAUGGAAGGUGGACAUGCAGUGCAAGAUGAAAAUAGUUAUCAAAAUGAGGAAUCAAUUGAUGGAGUGCAAGAUGAAAAUAUUUAUCAAAAUGAGGAAUCAAUCAAUGGAGAUUGGUCAUCAUACUCAUCUGCCAAGUUGAGGACACCUCGAACCAAAAUAUUAGGGAAGUUUCCUAUAUGUCCAGUAAAUAAUGGACAUGCUGAUGUGGAUAUUGAUCAAUUCAUAUGUUCUCAAGAGGAUGUUGAGCAGAUAUGCAUAAUUGAAACAAAUGGAGAUGAUUCAUCACCAAAUACCUAUGUUCUGGAAAUCCCAUCACAGCCUGUGUCAUCUGCUUCAGACACCACCCCUCGCCAUAAAAAACCAAACACCAAAGUAGCCUCUGAAUCAUCAAGUGCUUUCGAAAUCUCUAAUAAGCCUUCAUUUAAAUCUUUAAGCUCUGCUAAGUCCACUGAUAAAUCCCCAAGUACAAGGCACCUGUCUACAAGUCGGAGACGACCAAUCAUAUCUCAAACAAAAAAUGAGGAGUUUGCAGAUGCAAAAAUAAAGGCUCUUUCAGCUGCUAAUGAAUAUGCAGCCGAACAGCAUGGAAUUAUCAUGGAGAUAUACAAGGAAAAAAUGAAACAAGAAAGUUUGGCAACACAGAUCAUGGAAGAAAAGCUUAAAACUCUGAAGAGGAAGAAUAGUGUGCUGCCAAGAUCUGAUGAAGGUGAUAGUUCUUGAGAAAAUACAUCAACUUUGAUUUAAUAAUAACUACUAUGUAUUAUUGGGUAUGUGGGCUAUUUAUUUGUUUGCAAAUGAUGUUUUGUACCUGAUCA